AUUUGCAAAUAAAUAAAUAAUUCCGAACAAAAUAGAUUAUUAACAAACUUAACCUCAAGCUUGGAGGUUCAUCAUACUGUGCGUCGUGUUGGUGGCAUAGAAGAAAGUGUUUCAAAUAGAGAUUUUUAUAAUUAAAGUAAAACUGAAAAGUGAAUUUAUUGAAGAAACAAAGGAAAACAGUGAUAAAGCCUAAACAAAAGUGCUUCUUUUUGGCAAUCUCAUAGGAAAAUGCGUUGUGCAUUGAUAUUUGUUUUUAUUAUUGGCUGUGCUGUUACAGCACUGGCCACCAAACCCCCACGUUGGGAUCCAAAUUACAUUGUCAAGGGCACUUUGUAUAUACCAUAUGCUGAAAUUGCAGAACCUUUCUAUGCCUGGUAUGAUAAGAAUACAAAACGUUCACGUAUCGAUUAUUAUGGCGGUAUGGUUAAAACAUAUCAAUUGGGCAAUGAACAUCCAUAUGGAACAUCUUUGAAAUUGGCACCCAUUACUACUCGUGACGAACUGAACAAAGUAACAUGUUUACAGUUGAAUGGUACAGCUGAGAAUCCUGUGGAAAUUCAAUCAAUUCUACCAUAUGUAAAAGAUUUCUCCUUGAUUGGAACUGAAAGCUUUUUGGGUUUUACAUGUGAUAAAUUCCGUUUGGAAGAGACAAUCGGACAGAAGAAAAAUGUCUACACAUUGUGGGUGCGCUACAAGAAAUCUCCGCAUUAUCCAGCAUCUCGUAUGCCAAUUCCUGUACGCUACGAAAUGAGAGGUUAUAAUACACUAUUGGGUUCCCAUUACGAUCAUUAUUAUUUGGAUUAUGACAGCUACGAACAUGAUGACAUUCCCAAUGAGGUAUUUGAAUUGGAUGACGACAUGCAAUGCGUUGCUUUCCCUGGCCCCGGUAAAGGACACUAUGCCACAUUUAAUCCCAUGCAGGAAUUUGUUCAUCCCUCAGUGGAUCAUCAUGUCGAUCAUCAUUUUGAAGAGUUCAAAAACAAGCAUAACAUUGAUUAUCAGACUGAACAUGAGCAUGAAUAUCGCAAGAAUGUUUUCAGACAAAAUCUAAGAUUUAUUAAUUCAAAGAAUCGUGCAAAAUUAAGUUAUACCUUGGCUGUAAAUCACUUGGCUGAUAAGACUGAUGACGAAUUAAAGGCCCGUCGUGGUUUUAGGUCAACAGGUGUAUACAAUACCGGCAAACCAUUCCCCUAUAACACAGCCAAGCUAAGAGAUCAAAUUCCUGAACAAUACGACUGGCGUAUAUUUGGUGCUGUGACACCUGUUAAAGAUCAAUCGGUUUGCGGCUCUUGUUGGUCUUUCGGCACCAUUGGCCACAUUGAGGGAGCAUAUUUCCUCAAGAAUGGCGGCAACUUGGUUCGUUUAUCCCAACAAGCAUUAAUUGAUUGCUCUUGGCAAUAUGGCAACAAUGGCUGUGAUGGCGGUGAAGAUUUCCGUGCCUAUCAAUGGAUAAUGGAAAUGGGUGGGGUACCAACUGAGGAGGAAUAUGGUCCAUAUUUGGGCCAAGAUGGCUAUUGUCAUGCCAAAAAUGUUUCACUUGUGGCACCCAUUAAAGGAUUUGUAAAUGUAACCUCCAAUGAUCCAGAAGCCUUUAAAAUUGCCCUGCUUAAACAUGGCCCCCUUUCGGUGGCCAUUGAUGCAUCCCCAAAAACCUUUAGUUUCUAUUCGCAUGGUGUCUAUUAUGAAGCCUCAUGCAAAAAUGGUCUGGAUGAAUUAGAUCAUGCGGUGCUGGCUGUGGGUUAUGGCACAAUUAAUGGCGAAGAUUAUUGGUUAGUUAAGAACUCGUGGUCUACCUAUUGGGGUAAUGACGGUUACAUUCUAAUGUCAGCACGUAAAAAUAAUUGCGGUGUCAUGACCAUGCCUACAUAUGUAGAGAUGUAAGAAGGUGUGAGUGGAGAUUUAACUGCACGACAAAAAUGCCGGCAUUUUUUGUUAAUUGAAUAUUAAUCUUUUAUACUUAUUCAAUGAAAAUGUAUGAUUUUCUAAUAAAGUUUAAAAAAUGUA